AUGCUGCACCAGCCCAAGACGCCGCUCCAGAGCGUCCACGAGGCCGCCGACCAUCUGUAUCCGGCCGUGAUCGAGUGGUCCCGUCCCUGCGACUCUGUUGGCGUCACGGGGUCUUUCAACAAUUGGGGGUCGCAGCUAUUGCUGAAGAAACAGAGUGACGCCCCCGACCUCUUUCGGGUGAAGCUGUGGCUGCCAGUGGGCACGCACUUGUUCAAGUUUUGCGUCGACGGCGCGUGGCAAUACGAUCCCGAAGUGACGUUCGCUCCUGAUGGCUAUGGCAACCUCAACAACUUUAUUACCAUCAGACCCGACGUGGACCCGCAGACGCAGGAGAAGACACUGCAGCGGGCGGUCUGCACGAUGAUCCGGGACGCCGAAAACGGACUGCCAGUGAUGAACCCUGUUGCCAGUGAGGAGAUCAUGAGGCUCCGACUGCAGACGUCCCCUGCACAUCGGCCACAGCGGUCUCCUAGGAACUACCAAGAGACACAAGCGGACUCGACACCGAGACCGACGCCGCUAACAGCUCCUCGUAAACCUCAAGAGACGGAAGACUCGGAAUACGGCAUCGAGGUGAGUGAUCGUCGCACGAGUAACAGCAGCUUGCUCGGCAGUGGCGGCAUUACCCGACCUCGAGCUGGCACAUUGACGCGGUCCAAGAGCGAAGAAUUGCUGAGUCACGCCUUAGCGAGCAGUUCCUUGGCCACUGCAGAUGCGGCAGGUGCUACCACGGCCAAGUAUACAAACUACAUGGACGAUGCAAUCACCAACUUGGUGCUCCUGGCUGCGACGACGCAGCACUUUGGCGGAGAUUUAGUGACGCAUGAGCACAACACCCGUGCUCAAUUAGGUGGUCAUCGCUCGGUGUUGGUGACUGGACCGCACACUGCAAAGCAGACGGCUGCGCCACAGCAGAGCGGUGGCAAGCUGAUCAUCUUUCUUGUGGGCUUGCCUGGUCGGGGCAAGACCCACAUUGGACAUAUCCUGGCGCGUCACUUGACGUGGAUGGGGCACCACUCUCGUACGUUUAACACUGGAGAAUAUCGUCGAAGACUGGUUGGAUCAGACGUGGAUCACGCGUUUUGGGAUCCUACGAACGAGGAAUCGUUCCAAAUCCGGUCUGACCUGUCGAAGAAGUGCUUAGAUGACUCGAUUGCUGCGCUGGAGAGUGAUGACUGUGACUGCGUGAUUUUCGAUGCCACAAAUGUAACGCGUGAACGCCGUCAGAUGCUGCUGGAUGAGGUGCACCAGCGUUACAAGUGUGAAAUGAUGUUCAUCGAGUCUGUGUGCGAUGAUCCAGAGCUUAUAGCUUCUUCCAUCAACGAGAUGAAGCUGAACUCGGCCGACUACGCCGGAAAGACGAUGGAUGAGGCCGCUGAAGACUACAAUAGCCGCAUCAACCAUUACCAGUCGAUGUACGAACCGCUUGCAGCCGACCAUGAGGGUGCACCGUUCAUCAAGAUCAUUGACGUGGGUCGACAGAUCUUUUGCAACCAAGUGUACGGCUACUUGCAGUCGCGGAUCAUGUUUCUGAUGGCGAACUUGAACCUAAAGCCGAGACCGAUCUGGCUGAGUCGUCAUGGCGAGAGUAUGUACAAUGUACAGAAGCGCAUUGGCGGUGACGCGCCUCUGAGCCCACUGGGCGUGCAGUAUGCUGAGCAACUAGAUCGGUUUAUCGAUGCGUACUACCCGACGCCUGAUACGGAACUCGCAGUGUGGACGUCGACAAUGCUGCGUACUGGCAUGACUGUAGAACGCAUUGCAGCCCGAGGUCGAUCGAUUGUGAAGUGGAAGCAGCUUGAUGAGAUCGACGCUGGCAUCUGCGAUGGCAUGACGUACGAGCAGGUGGCCGAGGAGAUGCCGGAAGAAUACCUGGCGCGCAAGAACAACAAGCUCCAUUACCGCUAUCCUCGUGGCGAGUCGUACCAGGACGUGAUUCAUCGCCUCGAGCCGGUGAUCACGGAGCUGAUGCGAAUGGACCAACCCGUGCUGAUUGUGGCCCACCAGGCUAUCCUGCGAGUGUUGUACGCUUACCUUACCAACAAGUCCCCGCACGAGUGCCCGACGCUCAACAUUCCACUGCACGUGGUCAUUCAGAUCACCCCGAAGGCCUACAAGUGUGAGGAAGUGUGGCACCGCCCCAUGUAG